UUCUGAUUACGUUUUGAUUUCAGCCAGUGUAGUUAUAAAUUUAGUAUUUUUGUGACUUUAUUAAUUUGUUUCUUGCUGUUUAUAUUUCUUUCAACAUAGCCCAAAUGAACGAGCAGUUAUCAGCGGUGAUUGUGGUUUCGGAGAAAGUGAAAUACCAGUUUUCACAGAUCAUGGGUGAGACGAAACUUUCAGCAGACAAACAACUGGAGUUUCUCUGUCAACUUUACUUUUGCACCAAGCCUCUCCAUGGCAAUUUCUACAACUCCAAAUCAGAUUCUGGAGUCGGCGUACAAGAAAUGUUGUGUGGCGUCCGACGAUAUGUUUCUCUGUUUGUUAGUAAAAUUCCAGUAUUAAAGUCAUCAGAACCCAUUUUGACUUACAAGCAAGGUUUGGAGAACACAACACUUAACACUCCUGCUGCUAUGGUAACCAGAUCUGACAGUCACCAAAAUGAUAGUAUCAGUUAUAAUUCUGACCGAAGUUGGAAUACAGUGAUGCCUGCAUCCUCAAGGGUGGAAUGUACAAAAGAAUGCAUUCAAAACCAAGGGACAGCUGUCGGGAGUUGCUGUACAGUGGUGCCUACAUCCUCAAGGGUGGAAAACACAAAUGAAUGCAUCCAACACCAAGGGACCACAGAUUGGUCUUACAUCUUAGAGGGUGGUUCUAAAAACGAUGCAGUUAGGAACUGUGAUACUGGAGUACAUCUUCGUUCAAGGGUGGAAAAUACACAAAAAACAUUGCCUGUAAUUUUAGGAGUGGAAAAUACACAGAAAACAUUGCCUCUAAUAUCAGGGGUGGAAAAUACACAGAAAACAUUGGCUCUAAUAUCAGGGGUGGAAAAUACACAGAAAACAUUGCCUGUAAUAUCAGGGGUGGAAAAUACACAGAAAACAUUGCCUCUAAUAUCAGGGGUGGAAAAUACACGAAUGGUGUCUGUACUCUCAGGAUCCAAAAAUAAACACAUGUUGCAUAUUCUAUCACAGGCGGAAAAUAAACAAGUGAUGCCUGUACCAUAUGGAUUGGAAAUCGCACAGGAAUACAUUGAACAUGGGGUUGUUGCUGGUGCUUCCAUUGAUAAUGCCACUAAGAACUGCAAUACUAUGGUGUAUGAACUGUUAAAGGUGGAAAAUACACAACUAGUUCCUGUACCGUCCGGGGUGGGGAAGUCACAAGAAGGACGCAUCCAGCAGAAGGAAAGCACUGAUGCAUCUGUCGCCAAGAGUCAUGAUCUCACACAGUUUGAAGAGUACACCCCACCGGCUCUGAUAAACCAGACAGUUCGUCCAAAACCUGAUACCAUGGCAACUUGUAAUAAAGCUAAUAACUCAGAAGGAUGUGAAGUCGCUAGCUGCAAUUCAGAAAUGGAAGAAGUUCGAUUUUGGACUACUCAGAUACUCAUAGGUAGUUUACCAGUCUUAAAACAAAAUGUGGCUGCUGAUGUUGAUGAUGGUGAUAUAAGUGUGGAGCCGAAUGUUGAUGGGCUUGGUAAAGAAACUGGUGAAACCACAGAUGUAGAACAGUCAAAUAUGGACUUACAAAGCCAAAUUUCACAACAGCAAAACCAGUCAACUAUGGACGGCAAGAAUACACAUCAAAGUCAACCUAAAGACACAGACGUAAAAAGCCAAACAAUACAACACCUGUUAAGUAAAGACUUAGAAAGACAAAAUACACCUCAACAUCACCCUUCAAAUGUGGACUUCAAAAAUAAUACAUCAUCUUUCAGUUCAUCAGUGAUGGCACCAGUCAGCACAGUUCUUAGUUCCUCAGUUAUUACACCAAUCAGCACAGUUCUUAGUUCCGUUAUUAAACCAAUCAGGACAGCUCUCACUUCACCAGUUAUUGCACCAAUCAGCAUAGGUGUUAGUUUUUGUGUGAUUGAACCAAUCAACAUACCUUUAACUUCAUCAGUAAUUGCACCAAUUAACACACCUCUUAGUUCUUCAGUUAUUGAACCAAUCAGCACAUCUCUCACUUCAUCAGUUAGUGAACCAAUCAGCACAGUUCUUGGUUCAUCAGUUAUUGAACCAAUCAGCACAGUUCUUGGUUCAUCAGUUAUUGAACCAAUCAGCACACCUCUUACUUCAUCAGUUAUUGAACCAAUCAACACACCUCUUACUUCAUCAGUUAUUGAACCAAUCAGCACACCUCUUACUUCAUCAGUUAUUCUUCCAGUUUGCCAGUCUGAUGGUUCGGAGAAUGUAAAUUUGAUUACGAAACAUUCAUUGAAACUGAAUGAUGAACUCAAAGAAAAUAAAGUAUUGCUGCCGCAGCUCACAUCAUCGACUCGUAAUAAAAAUAUUCACUUGUGUUCUGUUUGUGGUCAGAAAUACGGAAGUGUUUCCAAGUUGAACAGACAUCACAAGACACAUCUACACGUGAAGAAAUAUAAGUGCGACAAAUGUGACAAACGUUUUGCUCUCUUGGAGUAUCUGAGCAGCCAUGCAAAGACUCACCGCGGUGAAAAGGAACACCAAUGUACCGUGUGCAAGAAGAGCUUUGUGCACAAGUCGACACUUGCAAGUCAUGUGAAAACUCACUCGGAUGCAAAGCCAUUCGUUUGCGAGGUUUGUGGUAGACAUUUUCGAAGAAUGGCUCAUCUACGCGAACACGCAAAUCUCCAUGCUGAAACAAAGAUGUACCAUUGUGACGACUGUAAGAAGUCAUUUACGACGUCGUCUGCUCUGAGAUCUCACCAGAACGUCCACAGACUGGACAAGCUGAAGAUCGAGUAUAUCUGUGACACAUGCGGGAAGAUAUUCAAAAACAAAUCAAACUUCCAUAGACACAUGAGGAGUCACUCGGAGGAAACAAGAUACAGAUGCAGAGUGUGUGGGAAACGCUUCAAAGAAAAGGCGUAUCUCAAAGUUCACGCACAAGUCCAUUCCGACGAGAAGCCAUUUGUGUGCGAGUUGUGCGGGAAAGGUUUCACGCACAGGACAACUCUAACCAACCACUUACGGUCGCACACCAACACCAAGCCAUUCAUGUGCGACGUAUGCGGGAAGAGUUUCAAACGGCUGUCGAAUCUACAGACUCACAGCCGCAGACAUACUGGGGAGGCUCCCUAUCAGUGUAACGUCUGUGGAAAGGCUUUCUCCGUGGCGUACACUCUAAGACUGCAUUACAGAACACACACAGGCGAGCGUCCACACAGGUGUAGCGAUUGCGGGAUAACAUUUGCGAGACCGUCAACGCUUCUCGGACACAAGAAAUCACACCUGACGGAAAAGGCUUAUAGAUGCACUACAUGUGGAAAGAGUUUUGCAGACAUUUUACGCUUCCAACAACAUUUAAGAAAACAUCAGAAAUAAAUAUUUUUUUAAUGAAGUAUUUUCUAUUAAAAGAAUAUAGAUUGGGUUGAAUAAAAAACAUCCAAUCAAA